AUGGAGUCUGCUCUCGUCGCUACCGUCCAAAUCACCACGGAAGGACAACGUCGUCUCCUCCUCGAGAGCUACAUCGACCAGAUCACCCAAAUGCUCGACGACCACAGAAGUGUGCUCACCGAAUCGACGAUCGCCAGACUUCGUGCGAAGCGAGCCGAGCUCCUGAGAGAGCUGAACCGCAAAGUGAGUUUUCGAGAAACCUAUUAAAAGCAAUAUAAAUUGAUGAAUUUCAGGAGAAAAAGGAAAAGAAACCGGUGGACGUCGACCAGAAGACGAUGCAACUGGAGAAGAAAAACGGAGCCAAGGAGCCGAAGACGCAGCUCCGCGCCAACGACAAAGUCGAGAAGUUCCACAGGUGCUGA